GUACCAAUAUUAUUAUUUUUAUGUUUCGAUUUUAUUAACACAUUUUUAUUACUCUAGUAAAAUUAUUUGAAAUCUAAGGAUUUCUAAUCAUAUCUAAAAAUGCAUUUUCACGUCUUAUUGUUGUUCAGUGGAUUAUUUUAUUCCUGUUCCGGUUUCAAUAUAAGUCAAUUAUUUCUUGCAAAGAACGUAACAGAGAAAAACUGCGUCAAAAGACUACCACAUGUCUUUUUACCGGUCGUCAUAAAAGUCUUUCGGUGGCCAUCCAUUCAACUGAAAAAUGAAACCAAUCCUCAAGUUAUGAAUUUUGUUCGACGGGGGCAGCUCGCGGGGGCGAGGGGAGGCGCGGGCGCAGCCCGGCAAGGCCUGCGACAAGCCGCAAUCGGCGCCCUGCGCAACGCUGGUGUUAUGAAACAAUUCUUCAAUCGCUUUCAGUAGCAGAAAAUAAAGCCAACUUACGACACAGAAAUCAAACACUUCUUCAAAAAUAUGACCAUUAAAUUCAUUUUCAUCGGCAUGACGCUCGGAGUGGCAUUGAACGGCGCUGGCGGCUCGGUGGUCGGGCUAACCUACAGGGAUGACUUCGACUUCGAGCAGCGCUACCGUCGCGUGCACGACUGUGACCCUUUCUACUGGCACCCGCUCCACCUGCCCGAGGAGUGCGCGGACAUGUACGAGCAACUUAUCCGCAAUAGGCUUCCUGUACGCUUCCCCAAGCGAACCGAUCACAUGUCGUCGGGACCAUUACAUUAUCAAUAUUCGUUUAACCCGGCUUACCAGACGAUAAUGACAGUAGAUGAGCAAACCGUCCCCCGCGAGUUAACGCCUUAUGAAGAAAUGAUAGAAUCCGUUCAGAAGGAUGUCAAUAACUUCCCCAGUGUUCCAUCAGUAAGGGACAUGCCAAACUUUGGUCCGGUAGCCGUGUAUCAACAGCCUGUGUCACAAAUCAGCGCGGAUAUGAUAAAAAAGGUUGCAAUGACUUAUAUUCAUUCAUCCGAUGACAAGAAUAAUAAAAGAAAACGCCACCGUAGCGGAAAGAGUGGAAGUAAGUGGAAGGAACUUGUAAGCAAAGUCCGUCGGCAUGAACGAAAAGGCUGGAAGAAAAUACACAAUGGAGAUAUUGUUAGCAUUUCGAAUUCGAAACCUCAGUAAUAAUUAUUAACAUAUCAGAUUAACCUAAAUGCCCUCAGAUAUUAUAUAGUUGCAAUGACUUGCUGACUGAGCAUGUGUGUAAUAUAUUUUUGUAAUUUAUCAUAAAGUACUAGGUAUCUAAGAAAACGUUACACAAAUAAUAACACACACACACACACACACACACACACACACACACACACACACACACACACACACACACAC